CGUGUUUAAGUAAAAUAAACAAAUCUUAGUCGUACUGCUUUCAAGUGUUUGUGGUGUCACAAGUAGGUAUAUGUGAUGUUUACAUGUGUAAUAUGAUCCAAAGUUCCAAACAAACUAUACCAAAUAUAUAAUCCAAGCAGAUUAACCAAGUGUUUGAGGGUUGGAUGAUUGGCAUUUGGCACAGUAAUUCCCAAGGAAAAAGAAGAUCCUACUAAUCAGCAAAUCUUCAAUGAGCAAGUAAAUCAUAUGCCUUGGCAAUAGCCUGAAACAGAAAGACAAUCACUCUGUUUUGUAUUCUGGGUGUCUCUAUUACUCUCUCUUUUUGAUGGAUCGAGCUCAUAUAGUUCUAGUUGUGUUACCAAUCUUUCUGUUCUGCAGAGACAUUUUCACCCUUUUCCAACCUAGACCUCCCAAACCUACCCAGUAUCAUUAUCACCAGAUUGCUGAUCCUGAUGAACCACCAGACCCUGAUCCCCAAACCGAAGAGCAACAGAUUCUCCAAGAGCCGCUUAAAUUCCCAGUUCAGAAAUCCAAUGACGCCAUUGGAGAAACUGUCAUAGGAAGCACCAUUAACAUUGAUUUUUGCACAUCUUGUUCUUACAGAGGAAAUGCAAUAACAAUGAAAAACAUGUUGGCAACAUCAUAUCCUGGGAUCACUGUAAUACUAGCAAACCACCCUGCUUCAUUUCAAAAACGCUUGUUGAGCAAAUUGGUACCAGUUGUUCAAGUAGGAAUCAUCGGAACUAUUAUAGGCGGCGAGCACAUUUUUCAGAGGUUGGGGAUGGUUCCACCACCUUCAUGGUACCAGUCUUUGCAAGCCAAUAGAUUUGGUAGUAUUGCAACCAGUUGGCUACUGGGGAACUUCUUGCAAUCCUUUCUUCAAAGUACAGGAGCUUUUGAAGUUUAUUGUAAUGGUGAAUUGAUCUUUUCCAAGCUGAAGGAGCAGAGGUUCCCUAGUGAAAUUGAGUUGAGGGAUCUUCUAGGGAAGAAGCUUGCUAAUUCGAGAAACACUCUUCGGCCAUGAUAUGUCGUAGACCACUGUACUGUUUAUGACUAAUUUUCGAGCACACGACCGACUUUGCGUUAUCUAGUAAUUUCUUUGCAACAAGAGCAAAGGCUGCCAUAUGAUUUGUAUGUUCGACAUAUUGCAGUGUGGAAUUGUAAAAACUCAACGAAACUGAUGAAUGUUAACUUCGCAUUUUUUGCUUUAUGAAC